AUGAAAAAAAUGAAGCAUAGUAAUUUAAAUACGUGGAGACCAUUAAGAUUAGAAGGUUCUGUAUUUUCUGGAAAUAUUGAAGAUUUGAUUGGUAUUGAAGAAUUAUCUGAUUAUAAAUUAGAAAAAAGAAAUAAUAGGACAAAAUUUUUAAUUUGCAAUGAGGAAAAUAAUAGCAAAGGAGUUAAGGUAUUGCCAAAACGCAAAAGUUCAAAUAAAUGGCAAGAAAAUGACAUAGAUGCUGAUGAACCAUUAUUAAAGAAAUCUAAGCAAACAAAACCUAAACAAAAGAAACUCAAAAAAAGGAAUAAUCAAAAUGUAACAAAACAUGUUUUUUCAAAUAAUGAGUUAGAUAUGAAUAAUAAAAAUCAACUUUCUAAUGAUUGCAAUGGAAGUGAAGAUAAUGUAUACGACAUUGACACUCAUCAGUGGCAUAUCUUAGGUGUAUCUACUCCUAUAAUAAAGGCAUUAAAAGAUCAACAUUUCCAUCAACCAACUCCAAUUCAAACUUUAACUUUACCACCUGCAAUAUUGGGUCAUAGAGAUAUAUUAGGUGCUGCUGAAACUGGUAGUGGAAAAACAUUGGCAUUUGGAAUCCCAAUUAUAAAUGGUAUUUUGGAAUUAAAAAAUAAACAAUCUAAUCGGUUAGAUAUAGAACCUGAAAAAGAAGUUAGUAAAAUUAUUGAAAAUAAAGGCUGGAUUUGCUCUGAUAAUGAAAUGAAAGAUGAUAGUUUAUCUGAGUCUGAUUAUGAAGAAGAUAUCAAAAGUAAUAAUGAAAAUAGUAUAGGAUGUGUACGUGUAAUUAAUAAUAUAAAAAUCAGUGCAACACAAAAUUCUACAAAACCACUAUAUGCAUUAAUAUUAACACCAACUCGUGAGCUAGCUAUUCAAAUUAAAGAUCACUUAACUAAGUUAAUAAAAUAUACAGAUAUUAAAAUAGCUGUAGUAUUAGGAGGAAUGGCUGCAGUUAAGCAAGAAAGAAUAUUAAGUAAAGGUCCUGAAAUUGUAAUUGCUACACCUGGGAGAUUAUGGGAAUUAAUACAGCAAGGGAACCCACAUCUGAGUAAAGUGGAUUCUAUUAAGUAUUUGGCUAUUGAUGAAACAGAUAGAAUGUUAGAAAAGGGACAUUUCCAAGAAUUGCAACAAUUAUUGGAAAAGAUAAACACAAAUGAAAAAAAGUUAGAAGAAAAACAAACAUUUGUAUUUUCUGCUACAUUAACUAUGGUACAUGAUAUUCCAGAGUAUUUACAAAAGAAAAAAAGAAACCAUGUUAAAAGCAAAAUACAAAAAUUUACACCUGGUCAAAAGUUACAAAAAAUUAUGGCAUUAGUAGGGAUAAAAAAUCCCAAAAUUAUUGAUGUUACAAAGGAAUCAGGUACUGCCACUAAUUUAAUGGAAUGUAGAAUAGCAUGUACAAUAGAUCAUAAAGACUAUUAUCUUUAUUAUUUUCUAAAAAGAUAUGCUGGUAGAACAUUGGUAUUCUGUAAUAGUAUAGGUUGUGUAAAACGUUUAGCUACUCUUUUUGGUAUACUUGAUUGUAAACCUUUAGCAUUACAUGCAAGUAUGCAGCAGAAACAAAGAUUAAAAAAUCUUGAAAGAUUUCAGGCAGAUGAAAAUGGAUUAUUAAUAGCUACAGAUGUAGCUGCAAGAGGUUUGGAUAUUCCAAAUGUUGAACAUGUAAUACAUUACCAAGUUCCCAGAUCAAGUGAGAGUUAUGUACAUAGAAGUGGAAGGACAGCAAGAGCACAAAAAGAUGGUAUAACAGUUCUAAUGAUGGAACCAUCUGAAAAACAAUAUUAUAGUAAAUUGUGUAAAACACUUGGACGCACCGAAGAUUUACCUAUGUUUCCCAUAAUAGAUAGAUUAUUAGUUGCAGUUAAAGAGAGGGUUGAUAUUGCUCGUGAGAUUGAUAAACUAGAAUUGAAAUGUCGUAGAGAUAAUUCACAAAAGGGUUGGUUGCGUAAAGCAGUUGAAGAUAUGGAUUUGAUUUUAGAGGAGGAUGAAGAUGAUUUAGCAACAGAAAUAAAAGAAACAGCUGACUUAAAACGUCAGCUAAAAAUAAAAAAACGUCAAUUGGAAUCGCUUAUGUCAAAAGUAUUAUUUCCAAAAGGAUUUUCUGGGAAGUACCCUGAUGUUAAUAUUGAAUUUAAGUUAAACACAGAAAAUCAAAAAGCUAUUGAUAUAAUGAAAAAAGUUAUAGAAGAGAUUCCAAAGGAAAAAAAAGAAAGAAAUAAAAGAUCUAGUGUUAAAAAGGGUUUUUUUAAAAAGAAAACAUUAAGGAAGUCAAAUAGGAAAAAUGUGUAA